GCGAUAUUAAGCAUGAUGUCCCAAUUAAUUCCUUGUUUAAUCCCUUGCCUAGCACUGCUACGAUCUGUACUGUCGCUAGCUGCUCAGCCAGUUGAUCCGGUGGCUGGCGCGCGGCAGCUGAUACGAUCGGAGAUGAGGCCCAGGAUCACCAAGCCUUGGUCGCCGACGUUUCUUGUUCUCGUCGUCCUCGUGGGGAGCUGCUGCUGCGUGGAGACCUCGCCGGAGGCGGACGAGCAGAUCAGCAAGGGCGGCGGCGGUAGGAGGCGGCGGGCAUCGGCGGCGCCUGCGAUGGUGCUCAUCACCAUCCUCAAGUCCGCCGUCGACGUGGGAGCCGUGUGCAUGGAUGGAACACCGCCUGCUUACCACUUGGAUCCUGGCUCCGGAGCAGGGAACAGCAGCUGGAUUGUAAACCUUGAGGGAGGCGGGUGGUGCAACAACGUGAGGGCGUGCCAGUUUCGCAAGGGCAGCCGCCGCGGCUCGUCGGAGCUCAUGGAGAAGGAGAUCCCCUUCACCGGCAUCAUGAGCAACAGCCCCGCUGAUAAUCCGGAUUUCUACAACUGGAACCGGGUGAAGAUUCGUUACUGCGACGGCGCAUCCUUCGCCGGCGACGGCUUCGACAAGGACAAUGGGUUUUACUUCCGUGGUCAGCGCAUCUGGGACGCCGCCAUCCGGCACCUCCUCUCCAUUGGGAUGGCCUCUGCGGAUCAGGUGUUUCUCACCGGCUGCUCCGCCGGCGGCCUGGCGGCGAUACUGCACUGCGACGAGUUCCGCGCCUUCUUCCCGCCCUCCAGAGCCGCCGCCGGCCGGACCACCACCGUCAAGUGCCUCGCCGACGCUGGCCUCUUCCUCGACGCCGUGGACGUCUCAGGGGGCAGAAGCUUGAGAUCCUACUACUCGGACAUCGUGGCCAUGCAGGGCCUAGCUCCCAACCUGCCGCCGGCUUGCACCGCCCGUCUGGACGCCACCUCGUGCUUCUUCCCUCAAAAUGUAAUCGACGGCGUAAAGACGCCGAUCUUUCUGCUAAAUGCAGCAUACGACACCUGGCAGAUUCAGGAAAGUCUAGCGUCAAAUGGAGCAGAUCCCAGCGGCGCCUGGCGAGCCUGCAAAUUCAACCGCUCUGUCUGCAGUGCAUCCCAGAUGAAAUUCCUGCAAGAUUUCAGAGACCAGAUGGUGGCAUCGGUGAAAAGCUUCUCCGGUUCCAGGAGCAACGGGCUGUUCAUGAACUCGUGCUUUGCUCACUGCCAGUCAGAGCUGCUGGCCACCUGGAACAAUGCACCAGGCGGCUCCCCUGCCAUUCAAAACAAGGGGAUCGCGAAAUCAGUCGGCGACUGGUACUUCGACAGAGCUGAAGUGAAGGCAAUCGACUGCCCCUACCCCUGCGACACGACAUGCCGCCACACCAUAUGAGAAGAAAGUCCUGCUGCUCAUGCAGUUAAUUUUGAUUUUGUAGGGAGUGCAUAUUGUACAUCAUAUUGAUUCGCUCAAGUAUAUCUAUUAUCUAAUAAAAGGGAAUGAUCAAACCUCCA